AUGCUUCUAGAGUCGCAGAGGUUUGAUCGAAAGAAGAAGUUUGUAAUUGCCGGUCUGAUUCUGCUACUCGUACUCAUUAUCAUCGUCGUUCCGGUCACGCUAAGAUUCAGCCAUGCCGAUCUGAUUAAAGACUUCCCAUCUGAUUGUACAAACUUGACCCUUUCCAACGCAAAAGCUUCGAAUGCAACCGGAGGAGUGUUUGAUAUUUAUCCCGAAUCGAAGGAAAAUCCGAUUAAAGUUUGUUGCGAUCUUCAUACUGAUGGAGGCGGAUGGAUUGUCUUCCAAAGAAGAUACGACGGAUCAACAAACUUUAAUAGAAAAUGGAAAGAUUACGUGAAUGGAUUUGGAGAGCCUGACAAAGAAAUGUGGUUAGGGCUUGAAACAAUUCAUCGAUUGACUAAAAAUGGUGUUCACGAACUCAGAAUCGAUUUGGAGGAUUUUAGUGGAAAUGUUAGGUAUGCUAAAUACAGUGUAUUCCACAUAGCAUCCGAAACCGACACAUAUCGUUUGAAAGUUAUUGGGUAUUCGGGAACGGCAGGCGAUGCACUGGAAAUGCACAGUGACCGAGUAUUUUCAACCGAAGAAGACAAUAUCCCUGGAGAAAAUUGCGGAACUCCCUAUUAUGGGGGUUGGUGGUACGGUCCAUGUUACAACUCCAAUCUAAAUGGGCUGUAUUACAAAAACGGAAGAUACGACAAUAAAGGAAUUAUCUGGAUUAAGUGGAAAAUGCAAACACUCAAAUCAACGGAAAUAAAGUUCAGAAGGAGAAUUUAACUCUGCACACAAAAUUAAGACAAUGUAGGGAAUAUUAGUAAUUUAACAAAAAGUUUAACAGCAAAGGAAAUAUGAUCAUCCUGAAAAUUCCAACUGUGCACGACCUGAAAUCU